GAUUUACAGUAGUUCCCUGAGAAAGUAACGGUGCAGGGCAUUAGCCUUACCAAGCACGCUGGAUCCGUGGCUGCCCCUGCAUAGCACUCUCCUGCCAUUACUCCUUACUAUAAGCAGACACAGAAGUUUGGUUGCGGAUCAGCAGUGUCACCAUGAUGUGCACUUUACGCUCCUUCUUUGCCAGAGGGAAAUUGGCAUCAACAGCUGCUGCUGCCUGGCGGAAUCCGGCUGCUUUGGCUCAGAUGCAAGCUAUGUAUGCAACGGGACAACGUCAGGAAGACACGACUUUUUAUGAAUUUCGCACUUAUUCUGUAAAACCUGCAAUGAUGAGUGAUUUCAUGAAACUCACAAGUGAAAACAUUCACAUGCGCACAGCACACUCUGAAUUGGUCGGCUACUGGUCGCUAGAGUUUGGAGGCCUAAAUAAGGUUUUCCAUAUCUGGAAAUACGACAGCUUUGCUCAUAGAACAGAAGUUAGAGCGAAGCUUGUGCAAGACAGAGACUGGCUGGACAAAUAUUUAUUAAAAAUGUUACCCAUGCUGGACAAGCAGGACAAUGAAGUUGCUUACUUGGUACCUUGGUGCAAAUUACAGAUGCCAGAAACAGAAGGGGUCUACGAGAUGGUCAGCUUUCAGUUUAAGCCUGGAGGGCCAGCAGUUUGGGGUCAUGCCUUCAGAGCAGCAAUUUCAACUCACGUUAACACUGGAUACACUAAACUUGUUGGUGUGUUCAACACAGAGUAUGGAUUACUUAACCAAGUGCAUGUGCUGUGGUGGAAUAAGAAUGCUGACAGUCGGGCGUCUGGCAGACAUAGAGCACAUGAAGAUGCUAGAGUGGUAGCAGCAGUGAGAGAAAGUUCAAGAUUCCUGGAGUCUCAGAGGAACCUGCUCUUGCUCCCAACCAAGUUUUCACCCAUGAAAUAAUAUCCAUGCAGUUAUCCUGCACAUCCUCGGGUUGCGGUGUUAUCUACACCUUCGUCCAUGAACGGAUCACAAGAUGCUAAUAAUUUGCUUUAUGUAGGUCACGUGUGAACAUCGGGUUUGUUCAAAUCUCAAAACAUUCUAUUAAUAAUGUAUUUGUUUCAAAUAAAGCUCUAAAAAUCUUA